UUUGGUCAUGGAUACUUGUAGAGAAGAAGACACACAACUCAAAUAUGCUUGGGUGCACGGACCCAUCAUCGUUGGUGCAGGCCCUUCAGGUCUAGCAGUCUCUGCUUGCUUAGAUGAGAAAGGUAUCCCAUCUCUUGUGCUUGAAAAAAGCAACUGCAUAGCCUCUCUAUGGCAAUACAAGACCUACAGCCGAUUAACACUCCAUCUACCGAAGCAGUUCUGUGAGCUCCCUCUCAUGGGUUUCCCUACUGACUUCCCAAAAUACCCAUCAAAGCAACAGUUCAUCUCUUACAUGAAAUCCUACACAACAUACUUCUCUAUUGAACCAAGGUUCAGUCAAUCGGUCGAAUCAGCCAAGUUCGAUCCGAGCUGUGAGUUCUGGAGAGUUCGGACCCCAGACAUAGAAUACAUCUCUCGGUGGCUUAUCGUGGCCACCGGAGAGAACGCCGAGCCUGUAAUUCCUGAAAUUCCAGGAAUGGACAGGUUCCACGGCCCUAUCAUUCACACUAGCAUGUACCAAUCUGGUGAAGAGUUUCGGAACCAGAAGGUCUUGGUAAUUGGUUGUGGUAAUUCGGGCAUGGAAGUCUGCUUCGAUCUCUGUAGUUAUAAUGCAAGCAGUCAUAUGGUUGUGAGAAAUACUGUUCAUAUUCUACCAAGGGAGAUGUUUGGAUUCUCAACAUUUGGGUUAGCUAUGGCUCUUCUUAAAUGGUUUCCCUUGAGAUUGGUAGACAAGUUCUUAUUACUUGUGACGAGCUUGACCUUGGGCAACACAGACUGGUUAGGCCUCCGACGACCCAAAACAGGACCUAUUGAGCUUAAGAACAUGACGGGUAAAACCCCGGUCCUUGAUGCAGGAGCUCUAUUACAAAUAAAAAAUGGCAAGAUCCAGGUGAUGGAGGGUGUGAGAGAGAUAACUAGAAGAGGGGCUAAAUUUGUUGAUGGACAAGAAAAGGAGUUCGAUUCCAUAAUCUUAGCAACGGGGUACAAGAGCAACGUUCCUUCUUGGCUCAAGAGUUGCGAUUUCUUCACGGACGAAGGAAUGCCCAGGACCCCAUUUCCUAAUGGUUGGAAAGGAGAGAAUGGGUUGUACAGCGUGGGAUUUACAAGGCGAGGCCUGCUGGGAACUGCUUCAGACGCCAUUAAAAUAGCUGCUGACAUUGCUGAUCAAUGUAGGGCCUUUAAGGAUGCUAUGAUUACGACCUGCAAUGCCCAUAUUGUUCUACACAAAAAAUCAUAAAAAAAUAAAUAAUUCUCUCUUCCAUUCAAGAAGACGUGUUGGAGAUUUU